CACCACUCCAACAACUUCUUUUGAGCACUUAGCCAUGGCGUUCAGCGGCACCCAGAUGCUCGCCGCCUUCACCCUGGGCAUUCUCCUCAUGGCCUUCUGUGUGGAGACUCAGGUAUGCAUGUCCCGUAGCAAGUCGUACAAAGGCCCUUGCAAGAAACUGCGCUGCACCAAGGCUUGUCACAAAGAGCACUACAAGGGUGGGUUUUGCUCCAGUAAAAAGUCGAUCGUUGACGAUGAGCUCAACGAAGACGACGGCGAGAACGGCUUUCAAAAACCGCCUAGGAAAAAGUUGUGCAUUUGUACAUCCUCAUGCAGCCAAGCCCCACCACCACCGUCGGAACCUCAUGUGCCGGAGCCGCCCGAAGUGCCGGUGCCUGGGCCACCGCCGAGGGCCGGCCAUAUUUAUUGAGUGAGUAAAUGGUGGUAUGUAUGAACCUGAGGUGCCGAGGAAAGAGAGGAAACAACCA